AUGGCGCUGGGCCAUCAGCCCGGACCAUCAGCCUGGACCAUCAGCCUGGAGCAUCAGCCUGGACCAUCAGCCUGGACCAUCAGCCUGGACCAUCAGCCUGGACCAUCAGCAUGGACCAUCAGCCUGGACCAUCAGCCUGGACCAUCAGCCUGGACCAUCAGCCUAACAAAAGUGGGACAUCCUCCCGGUUUUGACCCCUGCCUGACUCUGGGCUUCUUUCCCGCCUGCCUGUUCAUCAUGUCUGCCCUUCGGUACCUUUUGGACUCUGAACUGGAUUCGGUCCAGUAUGUUCUGUACACUGCUGCCAUCUCCAUCAACCUCAUCCUGGGUCUCCCCACCAAUGUCUACGUUGUGUGGCUGAUAGUGACCGGAGCUGUAGGGACGAUGGCUUCAGACUUCUUCUCUCUCAACCUGGCUGUGUCUGAGAUCCUCUACAGCCUGUCCAAUCUGAUGUUUAUUUUUCAUUAUCACAUCCAAGAGAAUGGAGCUUUAUGGAGAGUUGGUGCAUUCUUUGCCGGUUUCAACCUCUUUGGCCGUCCUCUGUUCCAGUGCUGUAUCUGUGUGGAGCGCUACCUGGCGGUGGUCCACCCUGUAACCUUCCUGAAGUACAAACCCCUGAGAUACAGGGUGGGGUGUUGUGGUGUUGUCUGGCUGAUGGUGCUUGGGUUCUGCUUUGUAAAUAUGUUUGGUGAAUACCAAUAUUUAUGGUGGGAGUGCUUUGAUUUGAUUUUAAAUAUGCUUACUCUUUCUGUGAUGUUGUUCUGCUGCCUGGCUGUUCUCUGGGCUCUGAAACGUUCUGGUCCGGGGGAAGGAGAGAGAGAGGGGGAAGGGAUGAACAACAUGAAGCUGAGGGCCUUCAGGAUCAUUUCAGUGAUCAUGGUGUCUAUGAUUGUCAGCUACCUCCCACUGGUUCUUAUUCUAGUCAGUCUGGGAAACUGCCCUGUGUCAGGGGACCCUGAGGCUGAGGUCCCACUGGGCAAAGACAUCAAGUUCAACGACUCAUUUUGA